AUGAUCUUCUGGGCUAAUCUAAUACAAACACUUGCCGUCGAGGGAAUACAGCAGGGUCACCCAAAAACAAGAAUGCAGGUAAUCGCCACUGCGAUUGUUUACUUCAAGCGUUUCUAUGCUCGGCGCUCUUAUAAAGACGUGGAUCCGCUUCUCAUUGCUUGUGCUUCGGUUUUUCUGGCGUCGAAGGUUGAAGAACACGGUCUCAUGUCAAUGUCUAAUCUUAUCAAGACAAUCCCUAACUGUUUGAAAAAGUGGCCUAACCUUACCUACGACGCGUCGUCAAAAAAUAGUGGUCUAUAUGACGCUGAGUUUAUCUUGGUUGAAAUGCUCGACUGCUGUCUCGUAGUGUACCACCCCUAUCGACCUCUCACUACUAUGCUGCAGGUUGGUCUCGUUAUUGCACGG